UUUAAUACGGCGAGAGCCAUUGUGAGAGUAGAGAGUAGAGAGUAGAGAGUAGAGCGUGUUCAUCGUCUCAGCCUCUCAGGCAAUGUCAAACAUGCAAACCGAGGAGGAACUUGAGCGGAGGAAGCUUGAAGAAGCCCUAGAAGUCAAAUCCCUCCGCCGUAUCAUCAGCGCCUACCUAAAUUAUCCUGAAGCUGCAGAGGAGGAUGUGAAAAGAUGGGAAAGAUCUUUCAGAAAGCUACCGCCGCGGCAUAAGGCUCUACUAUCUCACCUUCCCUCGAAGUUUCAGAAGCUUAGAUG